GCGCAGCGGCGGUGGCAAGGCCGUCCUCCCGGAAGUGGUUGCGUAGAAGGGUUUCUGCCGUCUCCAGGGAAGCAGGAAGCGGGCUGAGUGCGGGCGGACCUCGGUCUCCGAGGAAAGGCGGCCAUGGCGGCCUUCGACACGAACCCCUUUGCGGACCCGGUGGAAGUGAACCCCUUCCAGGAUCCAGCAGUCACACAGCUGACAAAUGCUACGCAGGGUGGCUUGGAUGAAUUCAAUCCUUUUACGGAGAGUUCCCGGCUGACAAAUGCCACUCAGACGAUUCCAGCAACGCAGCCCAGUGGGGCUUCGCAGCCCGCCGUGUUGCAGCCCUCUGUGGAACCCACUCCCCAGCUGCUGCUUAGACAGGCCAGCAAGUACCUGACGCCUAAGUUCAUCUCGGCACAUUCGGAAGGUUCAGAGAGGCAGAGGUUACUUGGAGAAGACAGCAACUUUCAGAGUAGCCACCAGGUAAAAAAAGGGAGGGCAGUUGCCUCAGCCGCCCAAGCGGGGCUUCUUCAGCAGCAAGAGGAACUGGAAAGAAAAGCAGCGGAAUUGGACAGAAAGGAACGGGAGUUGCAGAAUAGCGCUGCUGGCUUCAACCCGCGGCAGAACAAUUGGCCCCCGCUUCCAAAACAGUUUCCCAUUAAGCCGUGCUUCUAUCAAGACUUCGCUGCAGACAUCCCUGCUGACUAUCAGCGAACGUGCAAGAUGCUGUAUUACCUAUGGAUGUUUCACUCCAUCACCCUUCUCCUAAACCUGCUUGCCUGCCUGGCCUGGUUCACGGUUAAAACGGACAGAGGAGUUGACUUCGGCCUGUCCAUCCUGUGGUUCAUCUUGUUCACCCCGUGUGCUUUCCUCUGUUGGUAUCGGCCCAUUUACAAGGCGUUCAGAUCCGACAGUUCCUUCAGCUUCUUCGUCUUCUUCUUUGUGUUCUUCUGCCAGAUAGCCAUCUACAUCAUCCAAGCUGUGGGCAUCCCUGGCUGGGGGGACAGCGGCUGGAUUGCAGCUCUCUCUGAAAUUGGCUACAGCUUGCCUGUGGCCAUCAUCAUGAUGGUGGUGGCCUCCUUCUUCACGAUCUGCGCUGUUCUGGCUCUCAUCCUUUUGAAGCAGGUCCACUCUUUGUACCGCCGGACGGGAGCCAGCUUCCAGAGAGCCCAGGAGGAGUUCUCCCAAGGUAUCCUCACCAACAGGAACUUCCAGAGCGCGGCCUCCACAGCAGCACAGAGCGCUUUCCGGGGAAACUGAGGAGUUCCUUCACCGGGAAUCUUGUCUCUUUUUUUCACUUGCUCUAAUCCCUCCCUGAUCUUGAUUGAGGCUGAUCUUUUCAGUGGAUCACAACACCUCGAUACUUGCAAGGAGAGGCUUCCCUCCAGUUUGAAUCUUGCCAGUAUCUGUUUUCUCAUUGGUGGGCUGGGGCAGUGUUUGGCAUUUCCUCCCACACUUCCACAAAUCAAAUAUAUUUUCCUUUCAACCUGGAUGUGUACAAUAUUUCUUUCAGCUCCCCAUUUUUCCCAUCUAACCUUGCAAUUUGGGGAAACCGAUGUUGCACUCUUGAACUCUUCUUCCACUUGGAGCUGCUAUGAAGAAUGUUUUUUUUAAAAAAAAAAAUCUCUGAAGUUCUCUGUAGCAGUGCUUUGUUAUUUUUUCUUCUUCUGGGGGCUGGUGAUUAGAUCCUUUUCCUCAUUUGCUAAUUUUUCACUGCCAGCAUACGAGGGACAUUUGCCGUGCGGCUUAAUUUUCAGCACUCAGUCUUGGUGUGAGGUUUAAUAUUUCUCCGUCGUGGUCCCUGUGAAAUGCACACAUAAGGUAUUUCCUGCGCAGAAAAUACCAUAUGUACGCAUUUGGCAAGUGUGUCACAUUUGGUCACGUUGAAUCCCCCUUGUGGGGGAAAAAAGGUGGAAUAUAAA